UGCUUCUCUAAAUAGAACGUAUUGUAAUCUUCUCGCAGUCCAACGUGGUUCCUUCUCAUACAGCGCUGCUGCUUCUCUACACUUGUUUGCUUUAUGAAGUGUCAGUGAUGAAUUUGGAGCAAGAAAGGCCAUUUGUUUGCAAUGCCCCAGGCUGCUCCCAGCGUUUUCCCACCGAGGAUCAUCUGAUGAUUCACAGGCACAAGCAUGAAAUGACUUUGAAGUUUCCAUCAAUAAAAAAUGAUAAUAUGCUAUCAGACCAGACACCUACGCCAACGCGCUUUCUGAAGAAUUGUGAAGAAGUGGGGAUCUUCAAUGAACUGGACUGCUCCAUUGAGCAGGAGUUCAGAAAGGCGCAGGAAGAAGAGGACAAUAAAAGGAACAUUUCGAUGCAUGGCUCAGCAGGACCAUCCUCGCACCAGCCACCCCACACAAGGAUGCCAAACCACAACACCAGCAUUGGGAUUCAGCAAGCCAUGCCGUCCCCACAGUCCAGUUCAGUCAUCACACAAGCACCUUCGACAAACAGACAGAUCGGGCCCGUUCCUGGCUCGCUAUCUUCAUUGUUGCACCUUCGGAACAGACAAAGACAACCUCUGCCGGCCUCUAUGCCUGGGCCCCUCCCAGACCCUACCAUGCCUGGAUCUUCUGCAGUACUAAUGCCUAUGGAAAGGCAAAUGUCUAUGGGCUCCAAUAUGAUGGGAAUGCAGAGCCCAAACCUCAGCAACUCCUGUGCUUCACCCCAAGUCCCCACAAUGCAUUCAGAGGCGAAACUGAGGCUGAAGGCAGCCCUGUCACAUCACCCGGCAGCCAUGCCCAACGGAAACAUGAACACAAUGGGUCACAUGAUGGAAAUGAUGUCAGCUCGACAGGAGCAAGCCGCUCACCAUCACAUGCACGCCCACCCUCACCAGCACCCAUCUCUGCAGCCUCCUCACCAUGCCUACCAGCACCACCACCAUGCCCACCAGCCUCCCCAGCACCACCACCAGCACCACCAGCAGCAGCAGCAGCAGCAGCAGAGUCACCCGCACCACCACUCACACCCGCCGCCACACCUGCACCACCACCAGACCUCCCCGCACCAGCAAAUCCAGUCCCAGGUAUCACCCGCAGCCCAGCAGAUGCAGGCAAGCCAAACAUUACAGUCGCCCCCACCCACUGGAGGCCGGAGGAGGAGGGUGGUGGAUGAAGACCCAGACGAAAGGAGACGGAAAUUUCUAGAAAGGAACCGAGCCGCCGCCACGCGUUGCAGACAGAAGAGGAAAGUGUGGGUGAUUUCACUGGAAAAAAAAGCAGAAGAACUUACUCAGACAAACAUGCAGCUUCAGAAUGAAGUCACAAUGUUGAAGACCGAGGUGACACAGCUAAAGCAACUUCUGCUGACGCAUAAAGACUGUCCAAUCACUGCCAUGCAGAAGGAGUCACAAGGCUACCUAAGUCCAGAGAGCAGUCCGCAGAGAAGCCCAGCCCCAGUGUGCUCCCAGCAGCAAGUCAUUCAGCACAACACCAUCACAACCUCCACUACUGCCAUCAGUGAAGCUGUGGGCAACUCUGUGCUAAGCCAGCUAACCAACCACAGAACAGACAUGAACCCGAUUCUUUAAAAAAAUGAUUUCAAAAAGCAAGGAGGGCAAAAACGCCAUCAAUUCAUUCAGGACUUUUUUUUUUAAAGAAAAAAAAACAAAACAAAACAAAAAAACCUCUAAAGCCUGGAAUCAAACUCCUUAAUAGAUUUAUGUGUGUUUUUUAUAGUUUAAUUCAAGUUGAUGUUUUGUUUUGUUUUCUAUGAUAUUAAUCUGGGAAAUGCUUAGAGUCAUUGUCUAAUUUUCUGGUACAGAUCUAAGGAUUUAAAAAGGAAUAUUGUGGUCAUAUUCAAAGUCAGUUAUCAGCUUCGAUUUAGCCAUCAAACAUGGCAUCCUGUUUUACUGCGAGCUAUUGGGUCAGUGUUAAAUAUUGCAACUCUUUACCAGCAUUUGGUUGUAUCCAGAGAGUGUAUUGUUCUAUAUAUGUUUUCAUAAUUGUAUUGAGGAGGCUUCCUUUGGUGAGCUUGUUAAACUUCAUUGGCUCAUUUAAUUUGGUGAUAGUUGAGAUUUCAGACCAUGCUUGUACAUUUUACACAUUCUGUUGCUGAUAUUAUUGCCUAUUGCAGAGUUAGAGCGGUUAUUGGUAAUACUUGGUACAAUGUUCAAAGUGAUACGUUUGUCUGACUUGUCACUAGAAAUGAGGACAUAGUUUCACCACUACUGUAUGUGCUGUAUUUGACCGGUUCAUAUUUUCACCAGCUGUGGUUGAUGUACUGAAUGUCUCUUUCAUAACUUUUUCUCAUAUAUAUAUAUAUAUACACACACUGUGGUAACAGGAAAUACUAAGGCAUUUUUCAAUUUCUCUCCUCACUAAAAAGGGAUUUUAACCUUAUAUGUGUUUUAGAUGUUUUAGUUUUUUUUUUAACUACCAUAUCUUUCAAUGUAAAAUAUUGCGUGUUCAGUGCUUAACAUUAGAGAUAUAGAGUUUUAUAAACGUGAUGUGGUUCAGGGAGGGGUUUUGAAUUUGUGGAAGAGGUCACAGAAUCAUUCAGUUAAAAAAAACAAAAAACACAAUUAUUGAAUCUUAAAAUGCAGCCAUAGAAAUGUAUUUUGAAAUUGCCAGUUAACAAGUUUCCUUCCUGUUACACAGAUUGUAUGACU